CUGUGUUUAUGCCGCAGGGUGUACAUACUGAGGUUGAUCCAGCUUUUUGGAUCAUUCCAACCAGGCUGCAACUCUUUGAAUAUGAAUCCCUCUCUUUUAAAUGUUCGGGCUUCGAUGGCUUGACCGGAUGGAACAUUUUACGGAAAAACAAGGCAGAAAUUGCGCCCUGUAAUUCAAAGAAGUGGAGUGUGUCUAACGAGUCAUCCUGCAGAAUUAGAGGGGCUUUUCCAGAGGACAGUGGAGAGUACUGGUGUGAGGAUGGAGAGAGGAAGAGAAGCAACUCUGUACACAUCAAUGUCACUGGUGGUCUUGUGAUCCUGGAGAGUCCUGUACUUCCAGUGAUGAAGGGUGACGCUGUGACUCUGCGCUGCAGAACCAAGACUUCCUCCAACCUCACAGCUGAUUUCUAUAAAGAUGGCCUCCUCAUUGGGAGCAGCUUCACAAAAGAGACAACUAUCUACAGCGUUUCAGAGUCUGAUGAAGGACUCUACAAAUGCAUAAUCUCUGAUGUUGGAGAAUCAGCAGAGAGCUGGUUGACUGUCAGAGAGCUUCAUACAGAGACUCAUCCUUCCCCAGAUCAAAUGCUCUUCAUCUUCAGAACCAUUUUCCCCAUCGUGCUGAUGGCUGUGCUGCUGAUGCUGCUGGGACUACUUCACUAUGGGAAAUUCGGAGGGUCUAGAAGCAGAUGUGUCAGCUGCUGUGACUGUAUCAACAAGUGAAGAUUCUCACCAGUCAAGCCGCAGCUUUUUUCAUCACGAGUGUCUACAUUUAACAAUCCACUGACCAAGGCUGACGCACCGUCUGCAGAGUGAUCACAGCAUCUCUGCGCCGCUAUAAACAGACUCUGUGGGUGUGUGUGCACACACGUGCAAUGUGUCACGCAAUGAUGUGCAUUAAAAUGCAUCUCAGAUCAAGUCUCACUUUUGGCUUGUAUUUUCUACCUACAAUUUAAAACCAAAGUCAAACAAUUAUAACCAUAUUCUGUUGUAAUAUUUGGACAGAAAACAAACAUUUUGUA